CUGAGCUGUUACAUUUUAUACUCCGUGUUCAUCAACACGCUCAACACUCGUUAUAAUUAUUACAAUUAUUAUAAUUACUCAACCAUCGAUAAUUAUCAGUGCACUUAAUUAAUAUUUUAGUGUUGUGAUAAAUAUUAAUAUAAAUUACUGGUGAAUAAAAUUAAAAAAUAAAUUUUAACAAAAUGUUUGGGAUGUGGAUGAUAAGUUUGGUGAUGUGUGUUACGGUGGCGGAGAGUUUUGAUCUCGGACCGAUGAUCAGGAUAGCACGUUGCAGAAUUCAGUGCAUAAAAAAACACAGCUUUGACGGUACAUGCAACUGGUACUCUAAUCGCAGUGAAACAACUUGCAAUGAAUGCUGGCAAAACUGCGAAUCUCUUGAGACACAGUUGGAGGCCAAGAAAUCCAUUUGCGAAAGAGACGACUAUCCUUGUUGUCCAGCAUGCCAGACGGCCUGUCAAUACCACAAAACGAGGACCGAGGAGGAAUAUUUACCGUCUAGCCUUCCAGCGCCAAGCAGAGGGCCUCUAAAAGUUGAUAAUCAUGACAUCGCAAUUCUGAUGCGCAAAGUGGGCAAACCUGCUGUCAAUGGCGGGUGGAAAGAGUCUGGUUUCUUUUCGGGCAACCAAGCGCCCUUACUCAGACAAGACACUUGGAUCAUCAUCGUAUCCGCAGACGGAGUUAGACACUACAGUUGGGAAGAGUGGACUCCGACUCUCGAGUGGAUGGCUAUUCUCGAUGAUAAUCCAUUUGUCGACGCAACUCUUACGUGGUAUGACGUUGAGGAGCAGCUUGCAAAACAUCGCGACCUCGAACGAAAAAAAUUCAAUGACUAUGUCAGAGAAUUUUAUUUAGAAAAAUACGGAGAAAGAGUCCUCGUUGAACUUAAUCAGGAUACGCCAAUUACCGAAGAUGUUUUCCGAAGAUUUUUUUUCAAAAAGCGGACAGACGAGACCAUUCAACCCUCAGAAAAAUCAGAUGAGCCGCGUUUGAAUCAGCCUGUUAACAAUAGCGACGAUGACAAAAAUUUUGACAAGCCUUUAAACAAAAAAGAGAUAUUUGUUGUGUCUUGGGAACCGGAAACUGGUGGUCCAAUGGGAAAUCAAGUUGUUGACACAAAGUCAGCGGAAAUUUCUCUUCUUCCCGACACAAAAUAUUUCGUAAGGAUCGCGUCCAACGAUGGCCCCGGUAGUUUUCCCAUUGAGAUCGAUACCAGGACCUUAACCAUCGAUGAGGAAAGGAUGAAAGCAGAACGUAAAACUGAGACUGACUGGUUUUUUUGUUUAUAUCUGGCCGGUACAUUGAGCUUGAUUAUGAUGUUUAUAUGUUGCGGAUUACUGAGUUGUGAUAAAACUAAAAAAAUUACCGAUGAUGAAGUCAGUGAUGUCACCACCAUAACAGUGGUAUCACGCUUAGAAGACAUGUAACAUAACAAAAAUGUAUUUGAAAUUUUAAAUUUUUGUAAAUCUAAGGGUAAAACGCACAUGGGGGCGCAGAUUGUUUAUCCCUCGAUCAAAUACACAGAGAAGGCAACCAGUCAAAUAAAUAAUAUUUUCUACAUUAAAAAAAAUAUUAAAAAAUUUUAAAUUUAAGAUAUUUAAAUUUUUAAUUUUUUUAGUGCUAUGUACACUUUAUAUAAAAUAUUGUAUUACUGAGAGGUCACUACUAUAUGAUUAUAACGUCAAAUUUUGAUUUUUUUCGUGAUUUAUAUAUGUCGGAUUUACGAUAAUUGUCUUACGUAAAUGAGUGUAAUAAAGUUGUGCGUCACAUGUGACUUAGAUGUUACUUGUGUGUUUUACGUUACCGAAAAUAUUUGGAUCGUUAAAUGUUACUUAUUACGUCUUUAUUACGUUGCUGUGUUCACUGGGAAAUUGUUUAUUAGUAAUUUACCCAAUUUUUUAAUUUCUUUGUACAGUUAUUGUUAACUAUUAUUAUUAUUAUUAUUAUUAAUAAGUAUAAAAUGUAAAUAAAUAUUAAAAUUUGCCAAGUAUUUGCUCAAUUAAGAGACGAAUAGACUGUCUAUGAGAGUUCCUGAAUGUAUUUAAUUGUAAAUAAAAACCAAAAAUGUAAAUAUUAUCUAUAAAUAUCAUAUGUAAAUUAAUAAAUAAAUAGUAAUAUGACAUAA